CUUCAUCAUGUUCAAACUGUUCAAGCUAUUAGCAAGUCUGAAUAAUUCAGUAAUUUAACUUCAAUUUUCAUUAGUUGAUAUUUCUUAGCUUUUGUUUGUUCUUCAUUAUAUGUACUAUUUGACAUUUUGUCUUAUUGGUUAGCGAUGCAAUUAGGGUUUUCUUCUCAUUUGAACUCCCGGAAAGUAAUAUAAUCAAAAUUGAAGUACCCACUCUUUGAUAAAUGUAAUAAAAUAGAUAUUUGAAGAAAUGCUAUACCAAUUUUUUGUAUCGAAUUUGGUUGAGGGUAUUUCAGGACCAAGACUCACAAUCUUGUCCAAAGGAUGCUCCUCGACACUCACAUUACCCUCCCUUUGUAGUCAAUCCAUCAAGUUCUUCUCGACCAUCUACAGGGGGGUAGCAAUGCCUCUAGAAGCAGUAAUAUACAAACACUAUUUGAUAGGCCUGUCCCUGUCAAAUGUGUCAUCUGCAGGAGCUACUGGAAUAUUCUUAUCAGUGAAAAUCAUCUGGAUGACUGAGCUAGCUGCAGCCUUGGAGAAACUAAAUGGCCUGGAGAAGAAAGAAAAGAUCUGCUGUAGUGCUACACAUCAGAGUCUCUUCUGCACAAUUUGCCAGGUACCAUGCUCUGCUAUGCAGGAAAUUUGUUUGAAAGAAAUGAUUCUGUCAGACAUUUAAAUGACAGUUAAACGAGAUGAGCUACCCUAACCCAACAACGAUGGAAAACGAUCAACAACUUUCUCCUCUUAAAUAGUGGUUUUCCCUUCUCACUCUAACUUAAGAGUUUCUCUUGGAGAUUGAUAAGCAUCAACAAGCUUCAACGGCUUCACCACACUAUGAAUUCAGUCUCCAAAACCUUUCUUAAAGAUCUCAAUGGCUCACAGGAUUCAUUCUUUGAGUUUCCUAAAAGCCAAAACACAUGGCUUCCAAAAGACCGUACAAUGCACCAUUGGAAUCUCAUCUUUGUGCUCCAGACUCCAGUACUUUGGAUCUGAAAUAUUUUGUCGUUGUAGGAGUUGCUCGCUUGAGCAUGUUUGUUGCUCAUAUGAUUAUAUGAACAACUUUCACGACCACUACUACUUGUUGGGAUGUUUGUUGGCCCUCCGAUUAACAAAGAUCGACGAUGAUUUUAUGUUCGAAAAAACUCAACAGCCAGUUCCUUGAUAAGGAGAUUAAGUUGACGAUUUUUGUUACAAAAAUUGCAGCUUUGUAUCACCACCAAGCAAUGAUACAUGUUGCUAAACCACGUCCAGUGUAAUGGUUUAUCACAAGCGCAUACUUGGAUGGUUAUUUUUUUUUUGUUUGUUGUGUUGUUACUUGGGGCUCCUUGCAUGCACAGAUUUGUACAUGUGUGGUUGUAUCUUUAGGUUUAGGGGUGUCUUCUGAUACAAUCAUGUGUUUUUUUUUUUUUUGAGUUCUAAACAUAAAAUCAGGUUCAUAUUUACCUAUUCCAACAAUUUGUUUAACAGAAAAUGGUGGGAAAUGACGGAGAAAUCUAUAAUGGCUCAUUAAAUCAAAAACGCUUAUUAUGUGAAAUUGUAUGUGACAUGAUUCGAAUUUGAAUAUAAUCGUCUUUUAUGUAAAGUGAAUUAAAUUGAUAUUUGAUGUCUGAACUCUUUAAACUCGAAUGCAAAAUCUA